GCAGGUGACCCGCCUCCUACUUCACGGCGCAUAUUCACAACAGACAGCUGACUGUUUUAUUAAGUUGUGGAGGUCUUGUGACUAAAGGAAUUCCAAACUGUUCCGGAGGAAAGCCUAGUAAUCCUAUAUUUCACCAUCAUCUGCUUUGGUACUCUUUCCACAUCAUGGCUGACAUGACAGCAGAAGAGAUCCAAACAAGAGCAAACCAGGUGACUGAUGAGUCCCUUGAAAGCACAAGACGAAUGCUACAAAUGACCGAAGAGAGCAGGGACGUGGGUGUCAAGACUAUGACGAUGCUGGAUGAACAGGGAGAACAAUUAAGAAAUGUUGAGAAGGGUCUAGACCAAAUAAACCAGGAUAUGAAAGAAGCUGAAAAGAACUUGACAGACCUGAGCAAAUGCUGUGGACUGUGUGUGUGCCCUUGCAGUAGAGUAAGGAGUUUUGAGACGACAGAAGGGUACAAGAAGGCUUGGAACAACAAUGCUGAUAACUCCGACAGAGUGAUUUCUAAUCAGCCAGGCCAUGUCUCCAGUGGACAACAGCAGAAUGCUAACAAAACUGGUGGGCCAUACAUCAAGAGGGUAACCAAUGAUGCUCGUGAAGAUGAGAUGGAGGAGAAUCUAGAGCAGGUGGGCAACAUCCUUGGCAACCUGAAGAAUCUGGCUUUGGAUAUGGGCAAUGAGAUUGAGAGUCAGAACCAGCAGAUUGACAGGAUCACAACUAAGGCAGAUGCCAACAGAACACGUAUUGAUGAAGCCAAUACAAGAGCCAACAAACUUAUUAAGUAGUAACUGGAUUGAUGACCUGCAGAAUUGCUAUUAUGUCCGCACUUGCUUUGAGCUUGGAAAAUUUUCAGUCUUUCUGAAAGUGUGUGGGUGGGGAUACUGAUUUUUUUUUUGUAAACUUUGAGCUGCCUUUGUCACUAGAUAGUUGUGUGCAUCUUUUAACUACACACGUGGAUUUAGAGUCUGAAGACAUUUAUGUAGGAAGCAGAAGAAUGGAUCCUCCUGUAGAGAUGCUGUCUAGCACAAAGGUGUCCUCUUCCUUGAAAAGGAAUAAAAAAAGAUGACAACCAUUUUUAUUUAGCUCAACUGAAGUGCAAGUGCUUUAUUACAAAGUGGAUGAAAUUUUAAAUUAGCAAAUGUUAAAAGAUAAAGAAAGAGCUUGUCUUGGAAUGCUUAUGUUCCCUGUAACUGUGAGAGUCAUUUUCUAAGUUAAUAUGUGCAGGCUGUCUGAUUUUCUACCUAUACGCCUCCCCCAGCACAUGCACACUUUUUUUGUGGGAUAGAUGGUGCUUAACCUGUGUCUGUCCUUGCAGUAGUAAGGUGGCCUUAGCAAUUGGCUGUGCACCUUGCUAUCCACAUAACAUUUUUAUUUGCUAAAAGGAUGCGUCUUUUGUCUGACUUUCAUAGCUUUUCUUUAUGGGUACACUGUGAAUGGCCAUUGUAUCGUUUGGGUGGGUGGGGGGGUCACUUAAAAAUGCACCUUAAAUGUUUUUUUUCCCUCAAAUAACCCUUUCAUGUUUGAUUUUGUUAAGUUGACACUUAUGGAGGGUGUGUGUAACUUAAGUAGUAAUAAUGAUGGCAUAUCGCCAUUAAACUUCACCAUUUCCAGGCCAGAUCACCAAAUGAUGGUAGAGUUGCACUGUCUGAUCUGUUGCCUGUCUAUUUCAGGUUACUGGACCUCUGUGCAUGCUUUAUUUGUUACUUCUGACCUAGUACACUGCAUCUGGCCUGGAUUCAUCUGUUUUUAGUUGGCCAUGGAGAAAACAGUUUGGGGUAAUCUGCAUUCCUUAUGGUGUGCCUGUGUGUUGAGAUUUUACUACAUGGGAAAGUAAUGUUUGCUUUGUCAGUGCUGAAUGUGUUACAUGUUGAAUAGUGAGAUCCUGUGAUAAGAUCUAUUUUAAGCAAGUUUGAGUGUUGUUUAAUAAAUGCCAAGUCUGUUUACAAUAGCUUUGGAUGUUUAUAGAGAUGUUCUAAGGUUCAUAGUCCCAUUCAGGGGGGGCGGGUGCUGAGUGUUGAUGGGGGUAGCAAAUGUUAAAUAGGUAGAACUAGUAAUGUAGCCUGUUGUGUAUAUAUACUUCUGUACUAACUGGAGCUUACUGAUGUUGGUUCCCACAUGUAUUGGCACAUGUGACUAUUUCUGGUACUUCCAAACAUAUUAGCUGCAUGCAAGUGCUAAGAGGAAGGAGAUAGUUUCAUCUGUUGAAGCUGCUGGAAAAACAGCACAAAGGAGUGAUUCUGCUGGGCUACAUUUGAAUUCUAGUGGAGAUGCAAUUAUUCUUUGUCUUCCACAGCAGGCCAGAUAGACACAAAACUAUUUCAGAGCUGCAGAACAAAAGAAUAGCAGAUCUCUUUCAUACUGUGAAAAUAUUGCAUUGAAAUGUGCCUUUGAAAAAAGACCAUCUUGAAUUUGCCUGUAGUGUCACCAGGGAUGAAAUAAAUGACCAGAAGAGGUAGCAAAGUUCAUUUCACCAAGCCAUAUUCUUCUACUGUCUUUAUACUAGAAGCCUUGUCACAUGCUGCAGUGUGUUAGGUUUGCAUAAGUGUCCAUUAAUGACAUGCCUGCUGCUUUUUCGGUUUUCUGUCAGUCAUGAUCGGGCUGUGAAUUUGCUUUUAAAAUUUAUGCUCAUCCUCUGUGUCAUGCAGCUUAAAAAGCCAAAUAUUUGAACAUUUUACAGAUCCAUUAUGCUCCACUGUUUGCUCCCAUUAUAUUACAGCAUUAUUUUUUCUGUGCAUUUGUAGGACUUGUGCACUUUCUUGUAUUCUAUAUUAUUUUUCAUGUAUAAUCUCGUCUGUUAAUAUCACAGCUGGCUCCCUUUGAAAUAGUAAUAUUUGAGUUUGUCAGUGUUACUGUAGGUUAAUCCACAACCACUUUUUAUUUAUUUUUUUUUUUGUUCCCUCAUUUGAAAUCGCUGUACAGAAAGCUAGAUCAAAAUCAGCUGUAAACUGUUCCUAAGGUGUGUGCUUUUAUAUGUUUGCAUCAGAAACAUGCUUGUUGCUAAGUAUUUCUGUGCUUCUACACAUUUAUGAACAGACAUUUUUGUCCUAGUAUUUCAAACAAUUUGUAAGUCAUCAUAAUUACAUGUAUAAACAGUAGCAUUAUUUUACAGACUUCUUACGCCACAGUUGGUAAUGUUUGAUAAAUGAGACAAAGUUAUUAAAAGAAACAUUUAGUGAGCCUGUUUUGAUGCCAGCCAGUAUUCAUAGUUAAUAGUACAUAUCAGAAAUGGCAGAUAAAACACUUUCUAAAGUUCUGUUAUUUAAUUUCGAAAUUUCCUUUUGCCUUCACUGAUAGUGUAUCAGCUAAUCCAGCCAGCAUUUUUUUAUUCUUCAAGUGCUCUGACCUUCAGUUGACACAGUUCAUUAAAACAGGUUACUAAACAGGUUUCACAGCCAAACAGUUUGCAUUUGUAAAGUGAAAGAAAAAUCUUGAGAUUUAAGUGACUUUCUAUUUUGUGACUGUGUCUAAGUGAAAAGUGUGAUUUUAAAUUUUAUUUUUUACUGCAGCACAACUUAGUUUCAUUUUGUUUAUAUUAACUGCCCCUGUAGUGUGCAUUGUAGUAUUUGAUUCUAUUUUUAUUUGUAGGGGAUGGAACUGCAUGAUCCAGAAUGACAGUGUGCUCCAUGUGCCCUAGUAAUGCAAACAUUGUACACAGAGGCAUAUUACUUAAUAAAUCUGAAAGGAAUAUUACCUUGUUGGAUCUGUCCAAGUGGCAGUUUUAAUUUUACAGUACAUUUGUGUGCAAGUCAUUACAAGAAAAUACUAAGUGUUCUUUUCACACAUAUCCUGUCACAGUUUACCUGUGCUUGUCAUAACUUGCAAGAUCAGCUUAAUAUUUGAAUAUCAAAGGGCUUGUAGACUCCAUUAUCACAUUGUAGAUACAGAGCAAGACCCUUGUUUUAUCACAGUUUUGAGACAUUUAAGUAAUAUACAAACCACAGAAAUUGAGCAAUGUGUGGUGCAUCAGUUACUGUUGUCGCCUCAGCAAGAGGUUCUCCGGUUCGAUUCUCGGCUGGAGCGCCUUCUCUGUGGAGUCUGCAUGUCCUCCCUGUGGUCAGGUGAGUUUUAAAGACAUGCAGGUAGGUGUGUGUGCAUGGACCUUUUGUGAAGGUUGGGUGCUGGACUGGCAACUCAGCACUGUAAAAACUCUACCAUCAGUCAGUUUGUGGACUGGUUAUCCACUGUGGCGACACCUAAAGGGAGAAGCCAAAAGACAUUGGUUUUAGUGUGUACUGUAGAUUUCUCUUGUUCCUUAUUCUUGGUGUAAUUCCUUUAAAAGGUUUUUGUUGGUUUUAAUUACUUAAGGCCAUUGUGCUGUUUUAUAUCACAGGCGACUGCUGAAAAUAACUGUUUGUAUGGAUCACUGUUAUAGUUUGAACCUUAGGGAAUUUUACGUUAGGCUGAGGUCCAGUUUCUAGGCCAAACCUGAGGAGUCAAUGCCUGGCAAGUCUAUGCUGCCACUUUGUGGUUCUCCAGACUCCUAAGAUCCUCUAUACCUUUGUCUGAAGGACUGGGGCAGGCUGGCUUAGGGAGCCUGAUUGCUGAAGUUCUUGUAAAGUUUCUAGCCUGACCCAACAUGAUCCUCUCUCUGGAGUCUGGUCUUCAAAAAGGAAGAGGGGAUCCUCUUCUGUGAGGGACUGAAAUUACUCAGAUUCCUAGGGUGAGGAAGAGGUCCUGGAUUACAGAUCUCAAGUGUCCUCACUUCCACAACAGUUUAUCUCCUUUACUGUGCCCAUAAUAUUUACUAGCCUGCCUUGGUGUUUGUUCACUGCACUACCAGUGGCAUCCAUAUCUGCCCUACAUGUUAUGGUGCCUGUUCAGCCUAGGUUUAACACUUAGCCAUCAGAAGUCCAGUCUGUGUCCUCACCAGUGGAUAGUAUUCUUCUGGGCUAAUCUUGGAUUUCAAUGUAUGGUCUGUCUCCCAUUGGGAAAAGUGGAGUGGAAUCUCCGAUAUCCUUUUUUUCUAGUGUGUCAGAUAAAACACAAUAGAAAGACAGGUCUUAAGUAUCCUAAAUCACACAACCUCAGUUAUUCUAUGUGUGCCUCUAGCCAAAUUGAAGGUGAAAAAAGUUCCAUUGUGUUUUUUAAAAAGUUUCUGGAACCAGUAGCUAGAAUCCCUGGAAGCAGUCAUCCCAGUGCUACACUAUGUCAAGAAAGAACUGAAUUGUGGGUAAAAGCAAUUUAUGAAAGCAAGUGCAUGCCUCCAGGUGAAUGACUCCCAAAUGGCAACUGACAGCAGUUGCAUCAGACCAGCACUGGGGGUACUUACCUUGUAUCUCAAGGUACAAGACCACCAGACUCACCAGAGCAGCCUGCACAUAAACCUUAAAUAAAUGCCUGCAAUCAUUUUAUGCCCAAAAAGCCUUCAGUGCAGUCCAGGUGCUAGGGACAUAAAAGUAAUCACCGACAGUACUACAGUUAUGUGGUAUAUAAAUAAAUGAAAGGGGGUGCUUGCUCAUAUCAUCUUUGCAGGCUGGCUGCACAAUUCAGGGAACAGGCUCUGCGAUUGAAAGUGCUCUUCCUAGUGGGUUGCUUUACCUUCAGAGAAGUCAGUAGGAGGUCAAUUAGGCAGAGCCUCAGCAAACCCUUGCUACAGAGUGAAAUUUUCUUAGACAGGAGUACCAAUUGGUUUGCCAAGUCUAGAUCUCAUUGCUUUUGCAACCAACACGCAGCUUAACAAAUUCCACUCUCCAAUACCUUGCAAGCAAGCUUGGGCAGUAAAUGCCCCCCCCCCCAAUUUGUUGAAAUCUGUUUCUGUCUGCUUACUCUCCUCUUCCCUUCCUCCACAGGGGUGAUUUUAAAGGUCAGGGAGAAGGAGCCAGAAAUUAUACUGAUUGCUGCCUUGUGGGCCAGGCAGUACUGAUUCCCCACCUGCUGCAUCUAGCAAGGGGGAAAUCUUGACUGUUUCCUCAACAUGUGAAGCUUCUGAUGCAGUGCAGAUGAUCCCUGUUUCACCUCUGCCUGCCUACCUUGAUUCUAGCAGCUUGGAGGAUGUGAUCUUAAUACUUUUUGAGCACCUUUGUUUUAGAAACAUUCUAGAUCAAGGAAGGCUAGGAGUCCAGGCAUCAGGAAAUUAUAUAUAGCAAAAUGGAAAACCAUUUUCCCUAUGGGUGUGAAAGGAGAAACUUGUUAUUGUGCCUGUGGUUCUCGUGCAUGAGUUUGGUGUUUUCCUCUUGCUUAGCUUACAUCUUAGUCAAGGUACAUCUGUCAGCAAUCUUUAUCUGCUUGCCCUUACUUUUGCAUCCAUGCCACCAGCUGAACAGUUCCAAAGUGAUAUCCUUCAUAUUAGGGCUCCUAGGUUGAUUCUUGCUCCAUCCUGGGACCUGAAUUUCAUACUGGAGGAACUGACCCUAUCUCCUUUUGAACCAGUUACUUCUGUACCCUUAAAGAUCAUGUCUUGGAAAACAGUUUUCUUCGUGGCAGUCACAUUAACAAGGAUAGUUUCAGAACUCCAGGCAUAAAAUUUGGAAGGAUCCCUUUCUGAUGCUCACAAGGAUAGACAAACUUUAUGCACUAAUCCUUACUUCAUGCCUGAAGUUGUUACAGAAGUAACUUGAGUUGAGCAAUCCAGUUUGCCAGUCUUUUCCUGUGCUCCUCAGAACAAAGGAAAAAGAAUCCCACACUUUUGGAAAUUCCCUGGCAACGGAUAUAUGACCUAGAUGGAAAGCGAAUGGGUAGAAGGUCAGAGCAUGUAUUUGAUUCUUUCAUUUAAAGUAAAAGGAUUGCUGUGGUCCUUGUAGAAUUGUCAACUAAUAUUUCCCUGCAAUGACCUUCCAUGGCCUUUGUGACAAAGGACAAUAUAGGGAGCUAUCCAUUUGUAAAUGGCCUGUUUGGUCACAGGCAAUCCUUUUUUGUAAGGAGCAGUGCAAAGUAGUAGUGUAUCAAGUCCUCUGUUCACGUGUUCUCUGUGUACUCUAGAUUGUACAUUUCCAGUGCCAGUUCAGGAUUUGCCUUUGCCAUUCUCAAAAGUAUUUUGCCCUUUGUCUCUGACCAAUAGCUAGCCAACCUAUCAAGCUGUAGGAGCCAGCUCUCAAAUCCUUAUGACUGCAGCAGUGAUCUACAUGACGAACAUAGUGCAGUUGUGCUGGCAGGUUAUUAAAAUGGUAGACAUUCACGGAUUGUCAUUGUUGCAAUCUUAUUUCUCUCCCACUAUCCCCUCUGUCAGAAAGGAUUACAGGGAUAGGAGGUGGAUAUACUUGUCCCUUCCCAGCCAAUUUUACUUCUACCUCAUUUACCUUUCAUACUCCAUUACCUUAUUCAAGUACCUAAGGAGGAUGAGGUUUAUCUAAUUCAGCCCAAGAUCUUUUAAUAGUUUUUGACAUAAUAUAAAGCUGUCUGGGAUGGCAUCCCUAUCUUGGAGGGGGAACCAGAAAAACUAAAGGUGGCCAAGUAUAUACCACCUUUAAACUAGGUGUGUCAGGACAUCUAAGGUGAAGGUGAUAUCAGCCCAUCGAUGGUUGUGCUCAUCUCUGAAGGUCUGGCCAGGCAUCUGACUUCAGCCUGUGGCAGAGCUCCCUAAUGUUAUGACUGCAACAUGAAGCUCUACUUGGAAUUGGCUUUUGUUAGCAGUACUUUGUCAUAAGCUGGCUGUUAGUAUUGUCAAAUAACUGUGAAACUCAGUAGAUUUCAGGAAAAUUAGUUUUUUUUUUUGUUUUUUUUUUUGUCCUUUUUUUAUUAAGGAAAUGCACAUAGUAAAGUGACACAGCAGGAAUUGUAGCUUUAAUGGGAAAAUAAAAGGUUUGCUGUUCUCAUUUUAAUAUAUCAAGUUAUAAUUGUUCAGUUUGUUUAAAUAUUUUUAGAUGACAACAUUUUACCAUUUCUCACUCAUUGGUCACCCCAAACUACUUUUUUACUCAAGGCCCUGCUGUCACAUCACCAAUUUUUCAUAUACAGUAACUGUCCCAAGACUACGUGGUUAUUCUUUUGGCUUACACAUUUUGGGAUUCAUGACUCUCUUUAUAUUUUUAAUGUAUGAAUUUGUGGUUUUCAGGUAAAUAAGUUUACUUGUAAAAAUGCAGGACAAAUGUUUAUGUAUAGUUAAGAUUGUUCAAAUUUUUUGCGUGAUUCUUUCACAACUCCUUACUAAAGUGACUUUUUAUGCAUCAAAAGGAAAACAAUUUUCAAUUUAAAAAUGAUUUUAAGACGCAUGUUCACUUGCGUCUUUGCAUGUUUGUAAAGUUUCUUAAUAAAGUAUCCACUUCUCUCGUGUAUAA